GCAUGGUCAUGGCCGAAGUGACAGCCGCAGUUCCCAUCGCCGCCGCGAUUGCGAGUAAGCAUAGCGCACUCUCCAAAGAGUCGUUUGCGGCCUACCUGCAAGCGAAUGUGAUUGCCGCCAUUGUCAACUUUGUGAUUUUGGGCUGCAAUUUGAUCAUCCUUACCGACUGGGCUGCGAAUCGCGCGAGACUUGGGGCAAUCAACCGUGUCGGAUUGGCGGAACCCAAAGCACAGGUCGCGUUCUCAUCUUUACAUGGGGUCAUCAAUGUCAAGAAUACACCUGUGAGGCUUACCGAAGCGCAGAUAAAGGAAGCUCAAGACAUGUACCUGGACUUUCAAAAUCUUCAAGCCACAGUUGAGGAUGUCGCAGACGACGAGUCGAUUGAGAGGCGACGGCGACGACGUUUGUCAUCCUGGGCCAGCCUUUACCACGGCCGUUACUUGGAAUUUCCUUAUAAACCACUUCCUCAAGAGGAUAGGAUUAACGAGUGAGGCUAAUGGAAGGCUACGUAUGACAGAUGGAUUGGGGGGCAAUGCUCUUCUCGGACUGAUACUUGAAGCUGUUACCGAUUUGAUUUUCUUGCUCACGCAGUCGUUUGACAAUGUUUUGUUUACGGAUGUUUAUGCCACGAGGCGGUUAUGCUCGGAUUGUUAUACCCCGAGAUUAUGAUACCCAGAUUGUUAUACCCAGAUUGCUACACCCCAAGAUCAUAAUCUCAAAUUGUUACGCUGC